AUGGCAAUGACUGGACCAAGGCUCUUCUCUACAGGCGCCAUAGUACGUGGUGCCGUGUCUCACAGUCAUCUUAUUAAGCCUAUGGCUCCGGCGAUCGGAGGCGUGAGAGAUUUCGGAAAGAUGACAUUCGAGAAGAAGAAAACGGAGGAGAAUCAGUCGGAGAAAGGAUCCAGCGGUGGUGGCAAGGCUGAUCAAGGUAAUAAAGGAGAGGAAUUAAUCGUUAGUUAUUGGGGCGUGAAGCCAAUGAAGAUAACCAAAGAAGAUGGAACUGAAUGGAAAUGGAGUUGCUUUCGGCCAUCGGAGACUUACAAAGCAGAUCUGUCGAUAGAUUUGAAGAAGCAUCAUGUUCCAUCGACUCUACCUGAUAAAUUAGCUUAUUGGACGGUUAAAUCUCUUCGUUGGCCUACCGAUCUCUUCUUCAAGAGGCGAUACGGAUGCCGAGCGAUGAUGCUAGAAACGGUUGCGGCGGUUCCAGGAAUGGUCGGAGGGAUGUUAGUACACUGCAAAUCGCUCCGGCGAUUUGAACAAAGCGGCGGUUGGAUCAAAGCCCUCCUAGAAGAAGCAGAGAACGAGAGAAUGCAUCUCAUGACAUUCAUGGAAGUCGCGAAACCCAACUGGUACGAGCGAGCUCUCGUGAUCGCCGUGCAAGGCGUUUUCUUCAACGCAUAUUUCCUCGGAUACGUAAUCUCGCCGAAGUUCGCUCACCGUAUGGUUGGAUACCUUGAGGAAGAAGCAAUCCACUCUUACACUGAAUUCCUCAAGGAACUCGAUAACGGUAACAUCGAGAACGUUCCUGCGCCGGCCAUUGCGAUUGAUUACUGGAGGCUUCACGCAAACGCGACGCUUCGCGAUGUUGUCAUGGUGGUUCGUGCUGAUGAGGCUCAUCACCGUGACGUUAACCAUUAUGCAUCCGAUAUUCACUAUCAAGGUCGUGAGCUGAAGGAAGCUCCAGCUCCUAUUGGGUAUCAUUGA